CAUAUUGUAGUCUUUUUAAUAUUGUUCAUAUUCAUAAUGCACAUAUUAAUCACUUGAUCUGUGUGUGUGUGUGUAUAUAUAUAUCUUGUGAUUUUAUCCUGUCUUUUGUUCUAUUGUACAUUUUUCAUACUGUUCAUAUUUACAACUGCACAUUUCCUUGGCACUGGGGUGGUAAGUUUAUCAUUUGCAAAUUUAAUAUUUAUCUUUUACCUGGAAAUGUGGAUAUAGUGUAUAUUAAAAAAAAAAGAUUUAAUGCACAGAAUUGCCUUUUAAAGUAAAGCUUUAAAUGUGCAUCACCUUACGUGCACUUUUCUAAGUAAAAGAUACACACUAAAGGUACAGAUGUAUACUUGAGACUAGGACCUCAGAUGAAGGUACAGUUAAUAUCCUUUUUUUUCUGACAGUGUACUGAACAUACCCUGCGUUUCUAGUCAUCUACUUACACUUCUGUUAAACUAGAUCUUAUUGUAGGAGUAGUGGUACUCUGUGUAAUCCCAGUAAAGCUGAAUCUAACCCUGUAACCCUUUACUGGGCCUAAUGUCCACUGCAGCUCUACAGACUCAGCUCUAGAGCCUCAGCAGGUGCACCGUCACAACAACACAGCUUUCACAUGAAGCCUGUCAUCACAUAACAAGCCGCAAUGAAGGGUUUGUACUUGGUGGAGCCGGUGGUGGCUGUGUACGCGUUUGCCGCUUUUAUGGUGUUUCCUCUGGUGCAGCAGUAUGUGUACCGGCGCCUGUGGCAGCAGAUCACCAACACCUCCUACCCUUCAGUAGACGCUUCAUCCCAGUGCGACACGAACAGCAGCAACCAUUCCAGCCAACAUGAUGAAGUGCAAAAAGCGGCCUCGCUGUUCUCCAUGUACUCAGAACUUUUCUCCAUGAUCCCCAGUCUCCUGGUGACCCUUACCCUGGUGGCUUAUAGCGACCAGCGUGGACGUAAAAUCACCAUCAUUCUCCCUCUCAUAGGAUCUCUGGUCUACUGCUUGUGCUUCCUAGCAGUGUCCUUCUUUGAGCUUAACCUCUACCUGUUAAUCGCAGCAUCCAUAUUGAGCUCCUUCUUCGGUGGCAUAGGCACUAUCCUGGGUGGCUGCUUCUCCUACGUGGCUGACUUGUACGACGAUGGAAAGGAGAAGAUGCUGCGCAUGGCUGGGCUGGACAUGAUGCUCGGGCUUCUCUCUGGCGUGGCCUUGAUCUCCACUGGCUACUUUAUACAUGCCGCAGGAUUUAACUGGCCCUUUUUCACUGCCGCCAUGUUCCAUCUGCUCAAUCUGGUUUAUGUGGUCUUUAUUCUGGAGGAGAGCAUGGUGAUUGACAGCGUGGCCUUUGCUGAAACUAACACUCGUACGUUGCAGAAGCUUCCACUUAGGAUCUACAGCCUCUUUGCUCAGGGAAGCAGGAGGAGGAACUGCCUGCUCAUACUCUUGAUUAUCAUCUUCUGCUCAUUCAGCUUUGGGAACUUUGGAGGCCUGAGUUUGGUCACGCUUUACGAGCUGAAUGAACCACUGUGCUGGAAUGAGAUCCUCAUUGGCUAUGGCUCGGCUCUCUCCACGGCUGUGUUUGCUGUCAGCUUCGUUGGUGUGUACGUGCUGUCACGCUGCCUCUCUGACACGACCAUCAUCUUCAUUGGGAUGCUGUCCGUUUUCAUAGGCUUGGUGAUGAUGGCCUUCGUCAAGACCACACUUCUGAUGUUUCUUGUGAGGAUUCCCAUGCUCCUGGCUAUCAUGCCGUUUCCAGUCAUGCGCUCCAUGCUGUCGAAGGCAGUCUCAAAGACCGAGCAGGGUGCACUCUUUGCCUGUGUGUCUGGUAUUGAUAACCUAACAACUACUGCGGCAACUGCAGCAUUCAACAGCAUCUAUGCCGCCACAGUGGCCUGGUUCCCCGGCUUUGCCUUUCUCCUGGCUGGUGGAUUCUGCCUCAUUCCCAUGAGUCUGCUGGGCGUUCUUCGAUUCUUUGGGCUAGAAAAUACCAACGAAAGUGAGAGUCUCCUGCAAGAAGAGGAAACUCAAGAAACGGACAACACACCUGUUGCCUGAGAAAAGGGAAGAUGCCUCUCACCACUCUGUCUGCAGCUGUGUGCCUUGAGGCAACUGUGUGUAUUCGGAGUUGUGAGCAGUGUAUUUUAAACCAGUUUUACUUUUGCACUUUAUAUAUUACAAAAGCUGUGACUUUAGGAAUGCAGUGAUGAUGUGUGAAAACACUUAGUAAGGGUAUUUACAAAAAAAUGUUGAGCAUGGGUAGAUAUAAAUAUGCUUUGUAAGUGUACUCAAGUCAUGGUAUAUUUACGUUUCUGAGGAAAUGUAUUUUCAGUUCUUUGCAAGCUAUGUUUGCAGGAGAAUUUUAUCGACAGAACAUAUGUUGAGUAUUUAAAAAUGACUUCUAUAUGGGUUCUUUUUCCAAAGGUACAAUAAGAUUUUCUUUAAAUUAAUAUUAAAAAUAUUAUACAGCAGCAGCAAUCUACAAGAGAAUGAAAUCAGAUAUAACAUUAGCAAUAAUCUGAUUAUCAUCAGAUUGUUAGAUUUUAUAAUAGUUUUCAUGUCAUGCCAGAUAUUAUGAAGUGCCUUUAUAUGGUUUACAUUUGCAAUAAGGCAAUAUCAGAAGUAGAUCAUUCCAAUACAGUAUAAAGGGAUGGGAUGAAAUUUCCUGGUAUUGUCAAACCUUUCUACUUUUACUUCUGUCUGAAAGGAAGAAGCUUAAAACUGCAUUUCUGAUGGACAAGUUUUUCAUCCUGUUUUGUGAGAAGUGACGUGUAAGCAUUCUAAGUAUAGUGAAGUAUAAAGGAAUUGGUAAAAUAGAUGCAGGAUUUCUCAUUCAGGCUCUGAGUUACAAGUCAUGUCAGGAGUAAUUGGUGGUAUGAUUUGAUUUCAACCUGAGUGUUUCUGAUCUUAUUAGUUACAUUCUGGCUCUAACUGUGUGUUGCUUUUUUUUUUCUUCUUUUUUUUCACAGAUAGCUUGGCUGUGUUUCAGUAGGGCAAAAAUAGACAAUAGACAAACACAUUUAGAAUCAAUAUUCUAUAUUAAAAUAUAAAAUAUUCAGUAUUCAAUUCGGCUUGCUGACUAAUUGAAUUGAAAGACUUGAAAAAAGAGCUAGCCUCUGUUUUUCCACUAGGGGGCAAAAGAGCAAUAAAGUCAGGACCAUAAACACAGCUAUGGAUGAAAUGUGGUAAUAAUAUGCAAUUCUGUAUUAGUUAAAAAGCUAUAAAUUCGACAUGGUAACCGUGCCUCUGAAUACUUAUGCAAUUACAACUUUUAUGUUUUUUUAUUUGUAAAUAAUUUUGCUAGCUAUAUUGGUUUCUUGUAUGUUGUAGAUUCAUGACAUGAAAUCCCAAUUAAGUCCUUUUCAAGGAGGGUAAAUACUUAUGCAAGGAGCUGUAUGUAUAUAUGGUGAAAUCAUAAUUAGUUUUUUUUUUUUGUAGGUGAUAUAGGCUAUGUUCAAUCCAUUUGUGAAAUUGGAAUUAUACUUUUCAGAUAAAUGCUGAUAAGUGAACACAUUUAAGAGAAGUUGUUGAUGUGUUGAUUUUUGUGGUCUGGCUCACUGGACCCCUACUGUCAUGUGGUCUAUUACUUAAAAUGAGAUUGACACCCCUGCAUUAAGGAGUACUUAAGGCCAUGCAUCAUUCCAUCCAGCUCACAGAAUGAGUUUCUAAUGGUCUUCUGUUAAUAUUGAAAUGACACUGGCCUUGUGGGUUUAUGUUACCUGCAUCUUACAUAUGGGCGGGCGAUAUGACAAAAAUAUCAUAUCACGAUACCUGACGACAUUUCUACAAUACACAAUAUGUAUCAUGAUAUAUAGGAAACCAACUGCAACUACAAAACAGUGUUAAUUACUUUAAACUAAAAAGGGUAAAAAUUCUAAUAAAUGUAAAACAAAAAAUGUUUACUAAUUUAAAGGUUCAGUAUGAACAUGUUUUAGCAUCAAAUCUUAUGUUUCCAAUCAGAUUUUGUUAUUGCUAUUUUAAAGAUGGAAAAAAGAUAAAAGAUUGUGAUACCUGCGAUAUCAGAAAAGUGUAAAGUUAUCAUGAUAUUGAUAUUAUAUCGUCAUAUUUCCCAGCCCUAAUUUUACACACUGCAGUAUGUCUGGGUAUCACCACUGUUAUGUGAUAUGUGUUUACAGUUGGUUUUUUCACUAUGAGAAAAGGUGGAUAAUGAUUUUUUUUCAUAAACGAAUAAAUAAAUGUUUGCCACUGA